AGCCGUAUUCAGACAGUGCCCAUUGUGGUGCACCAGACAGACCUGCCAUGGGACGCAAGCAGAAAGCGGGCAAAGAGGAUGGCGGUGGCGAAGGAGAAGGCAUGCGGCAGAUGCAGAGCGCUUUUGCGAACUUGCAGAGAAUGAUGGCUAUGACCAACCCCGAGCUCUUUGGCGCACCUAGCCAGCCCCCACCAAACCCAAUGAUGGGGAUGAUGGGCGGCAUGAUGGGCAUGAACGCGAUGCCGGGAAUGCCUGGGAUACCCGGGGCACCGGGCGUUCCCCCUCCACCAGGGCCCCCAGGAAUUCCUCCUCCGCCCGGAAAAGGUGGAGGCAAAGGUGGCAAGGGCGGCGACGCAGGAGAAGUGAAGCCUCUGCCUGGGCACAAGCCGGGUGACUGGCUGUGCCCCGGGUGCGGUCAGAAUUGCUUCGCUUCCAAGUUCCAGUGCCCCAGAUGUGGCAGGAAUAAGCGAGGUGAGGAGGGAGACGUGUAUGUCUCAGAACAUGGCAGGAUCCACCCGGACAUCCAGGAGCUGUGCGACGAGUUCUACAUUGAAACUCGCCACAUCGAGAAACUCAACGAGCUGAUGAAAGAUAGGCAUGAGACCUGGAACGAAGACUUGAAGAAGCUGCGAGAGAUUAUGGAGGAAGCCCGCUCUCCGUGUGGAAUGCUCGUUGUGAAAAUGAAAGAAAUGGAGGACGGCACAUUUGUGGCCAUUAACCGCGACAAGAGGCGCGCGGGUUAG